GUUUGGGUCAGAGGCGUGGCUUAAACAGAAGCGAUAAAUCUGAUUGGCUGUUGGCUUCUCGUAGUUUUCAAAUCGAGCAGCAGCUGACGGAGCUGACGGAGCUGUCACAACAGGAGGAGAGAACGUGUGCCCUGAACUCCUUUAACAGUCUGUCGUGUCGAGGCCAUGAGGACGAACGAGUUUGACUCUUCCUCUGAAGACGAGGAGGUCGGAGACGAGCAGCUGACUCCUCUCAACAUCUCCUGGUUACCUCUGUCUAUCGUGGAGAGCUCACAGUUCCUGGGGAUAUGUGCACUACCUGGUUGCAGAUACAAAGACAUCCGCAGGAGUCUGGAGAGAGACGUGGAGGAGCUGCAGAAUCAGGGGGUGCAGGAGGUCUUUGUUUUCUGCACCAGAGGAGAGCUCAACAAGUACCGGGUCCCCUCGCUGCUGGAUGCGUACCGCCUGCGAGGCUUCAGCAUCCAUCACUGGCCCUUUCCAGACGGGGACGCCCCUGAGCUGGAGCAGUGCUGUCAGAUCCUGGAGGAGCUGCAGGUCAGCCUGGAGACCAACCGGAGGACGGUGAUCCACUGUUACGGAGGUCUGGGUCGCUCUGGAUUAAUCGCUGCCUGUCUGUUGCUUCAGCUCUCGUUGACGAUGACGCCGAACAAAGCGAUUGAAAUCCUGCGUGAGCACCGAGGAGGAGGAGCGAUACAGACUGUGAAGCAAUACAACUUCCUCCACGAGUUUCGGGAACGUUACUCGUCCUUCGUAGAGAGCAGAGAGGGUUCCACAGAGCGCUCCGUGUCUCGGUGAUCGCUGCUUUCCUCUUCAGAUCCUGAGCUGCAGAAAUAUCGGUCUAUCUCUUCAGAGUGAUUCUUUCCUGACUGUGUGUGACGUCAUUGCACUUUAAGAAAAUACGCUAAUAUAUAUGUCGCUUUUUUUUCUGUCCUCAUUUUAAUCAAAUAAAAGAUGUGAUGAGGAAAUCCUG